CUAGUAACUGCCUGGCUCCUCCCUCUGGUGUCGCCGGGAAAGCGCUCCGUCUGGUCCGUGCGCUAUCACGGCCCGAUGCGUGGCUCGGGCUCGUGGGGAGCUGGAGACGCGUGGAGCUGUUCGAGGACUCGCGGGUGUGCAGUGCACCUAUGAUAUGUGUUUUAGAAAUAGCUGUUAAACUUUGGUUUGAAUGAAGAAUGUCUCUCAAUUCACCUAUAUUUCUCAAACGAAGUGAAGAAAAUAAUUCAAAAUUUGUGGAAACAAAACAGUCACAAAGUACUUCCAUAGCUUCAGAAGAUCCCCUUCAAAACUUAUGUUUAGCAUCUCAAGAAGUUCUUCAAAAAGCUCAGCAAAGUGGGAGAUCAAAAUGUCUCAAAUGUGGUGGUUCCAGAAUGUUCUACUGCUAUACAUGUUAUGUUCCAGUUGAAAAUGUACCUAUUGAACAGAUUCCACUUGUGAAGCUUCCAUUGAAGAUUGACAUCAUUAAACAUCCAAAUGAAACAGAUGGCAAAAGUACUGCUAUACAUGCAAAACUCUUAGCACCUGAAUUUGUAAACAUUUACACGUAUCCUUGUAUUCCAGAAUAUGAAGAAAAGGACCAUGAAGUUGCACUCGUUUUUCCUGGACCUCAGUCUAUCUCAAUAAAAGAUAUUUCUUUUCAUCUGCAAAAAAGGAUUCAAAAUAAUGUUAGAGGCAAAAAUGAUGACCCUGACAAGCCAUCUUUUAAACGCAAAAGAACUGAAGAACAACAGUUCUGUGAUUUGAAUGACAGCAAGUGCAAAGGCACACCACUGAAAAAAAUUAUAUUUAUAGAUAGUACCUGGAACCAAACAAACAAAAUAUUCACUGAUGAGCGACUUCAAGGGUUGUUACAAGUUGAGUUGAAAACAAGAAAAACUUGCUUUUGGCGCCAUCAAAAAGGAAAGCCAGAUACUUUCCUUUCUACAAUUGAAGCCAUUUACUACUUUCUGGUUCCUUUGAAGUACUCCCCCCACUGUGAUUCUGGGUCAUCUGCAUCCAGAGAUUUAGUGCAUUUUUACUUACACUUGUGCUUCUGCUGUUGACAUAAGAAUAUGCAUGGCUGAGUUAGCCUGCUGGAGGAUGAGACAUCCAUGGAGCAGAGCCAGGUUGCCCUACUCACCCUCACUGAAUCCUGUCUAGAUUGGCUGAUGGCCAUCCAAACCCAAGAUAUAUGGAUGAUUCCAGCCAAGAUCAGCAGAGUCAUCUGACUGACACCUACCUGAUUCCAAAUAUGUGAGCAAGGAAUGUCUAUUAUGCCACCAAUGUUCUAUAGCUAUUUAUUGUGGCAUUAUUGUGGCUGUAGAUAUCUCAUCUUUGGAUGCAUUAUCAGAUCAUCAUCUUCAAGUAUGUUAGAAGAUUCUCAGUCUCAUGUUCCUUGUGCUCUUGACCACUUGCUUUGCCUUAGCUACCACCUCACAUAGUAACAGAUUACCAACAGGCUUGUAUGAUUCCUCUGCUUGAUAUCGGUUAGCCACAUGUUCAGAAUUCCUAGCCUAUACCAACACUUCUGGACUUUAAAAACCCCAUGCCACAGUGACUGUUAAAAGGGCUAGGUGAUGCGGUCUGGUGGGUUCGUGAAGUUAACUGUCUGAAAAACUUGGAUCAAUGGACUAGUAAAAGCUGCUGGGUAAAUUGCUCUUCUUCUGAUGGACUGUAUAGAGACACUGUUUUUCAUCUUGCCUGUCCAGAAGUGUACUGUGUGGCCCAGCAAGUGUACUUGCCACAUGAUUGGCAGCGUCUCUUCAUGGCUUUUCAUGAAACAGCAGCAAGUGCUACACAGUAAUUUGUCAAUUUGCAUUUGCCUCCCAUUAUUGCUAUCCUCACUUCCUUUCUUCCUCGCUCUUACCAGCCUGGAUUGUACCUUUAAUAAAGUAGUGGAUAUAUUUCCUUUAGGGUCUCUUUUUUAGGGAAGUCAGAUGUUUUAGUCUGGAUUUAGUUAGAAAAGCAGCAUCAUUACAAGUAUUACAUGAAUAAAGAAGUUUAGUAAAUAAAUUAAGGUUUACCCACCCCAAUGUGAGAAUUACUGAGGUAAUAAAGGUCUGGAAGGCCGCAGCAGGAGAGAUUUAGAGAAGCAGUGACUAACUAGGUCAGCCGGAGAUUCUCAAAGUACUCAUGAUUUCAUUUGUAGAAACAUGUAUAUCUUAAGCAUAUCAAGCAUCUCAUUCUCUAAUCUUUCUAGGAGCCCUUUGGUUCAUCCUGAAGGUCCCCCUAAAUCCCUUCAGAAGUCUUAUAAAGGAGUAAAUGGCCACACUUUUUAUUUGUUCUUUUCUUUGAGGCCAUGUUAAUGGCAGCCCCCUUGAUUUGGUCUUUGUACUAGGCUGUUUUUAAUGAUCACAUUUUAUUUGAUGAGAAACCAUUUUAUUUUCCAGUUCUGCAAAUCCUAGAUUAUGUAUUUCAUUUCAGUUCCAUUUGCAUACCCAUUGCCUUAAUUUUGAGCUUGUCUGUUUCUUAACAUUUCUUAUUUUGGAAGAAUAAGUUGAUUAUUAUUAAGUACAAUAGAUAAGGUACUUAAGAGGCUCAAAAUAUCACCAAAUGCCAUGAAUGCAUUAGGUACAUUUUUUGUCUUCCAUGUUACUGGAAGCAUUAAUUAUAGCAACUUUUUAUCUCCAAAUACUGUCUCUGUCUCUUGCUUUUUUUUCUUUUCCCUCUAAACUGUUAUGUUUAGUUGGUUUGUAAAGCCAAUUGAAAGACCCUAGUGAAAACUUUAGCCAUAAACACUGACCCUACAUUGAAGGCCACCAGCCAAAAAUCACCACCCAUACAUAAGAGCCGAACAUCACUAGACACUUGCUGAGAUGCUUCAAAUAAAAAAGGGGAAAAGGAGGGGAGAAAAAUCCAAAGGAUAUAGAUAAAAAGAGAAUAAUGGCAACAAAAAAACAACUAUCUUCAAAAUAAGAGAGAGUAUAUUGUAUUCACAAAACAAGAAUAGGAGAGUGUGAAUAAGAACAAGCAAAAAGAUCUCAGAAAUUUAAAAAGUGAUUGCUGAAAUAAAAUUUAAAUAUAAGAGUUGAAGAUAAAAUAUAGCAUAAGAAUAGAAAAUUCUGAAUUCCAAAUACCUAAGGCCAAUCUUAGUUAAAAGUUGUAAUUGCAACCAUAGGCUACAUGUUACAUUGUAUUUAAUUAAAAACCUUAAGGAGAAAGGCAAUAGAGCUUGUAAUAGCUAUUACCCUUGGUUGUAAAGGAGAAGGGUGGAGAUUAUUUGUAUACCAACUACAUAAGUUUACAAAAAAUAAUGAGUAUUAGGUAGAUGGAAUGAAACUCUAUUCAUACACUGUAUAUUAAGCUCUAUAUACACCGCAUAUCAUCAUCAUGAAAUUGAGUUUCUAGCUGGAUUGCAGAGAUGAGCCAAAGGGCUUCUCCCCAAAUUAUUAUUUAUUUAUUUUUGAGACAGAGUCUCGCUCUUGUCUCCCAGGCUGGAGUGCAGUGGUGUGAUCUAGGCUCACUACAACCUCCACCUCC